UAAAGGCGGACAUCGCCGAAGCGCUUCAAUUUAGCUGUCUGCGUCAGUUGUGCUAGUGGUGUGAGUGCGAGCGCUAGUAAGAAGCGGAAACAUUACAGAAAAGUGUGUUUUAUUUCAACGAGGACAGAAAUGACACGGCCGGAGGUGUUUUAUAUCGUCGGGGCGCUGUUGGUAACACAAUGCGCCGCCAUCAUCAGAGUUCCCCUUCAUAAAACCAGGAGCCUGCGCCGCCUGAUGAGCGACAAUGGGAUGUCUCUGGAGGAGCUUCGGGCUCUGGCCAGAAGCUCAGGAGCUCCGGACAGCUCCCCCUCCCCCGACCUGCCUGUGGAGAGGCUCACCAACUUCAUGGAUGCCCAGUACUAUGGGGCGAUCAGCAUCGGCACCCCUCCACAGGACUUCACCGUGCUGUUUGACACCGGCUCCUCCAACCUCUGGGUCCCCUCCAUUCGCUGCUCUUUCUUCGACCUGGCCUGCUGGCUUCAUCAUCGCUACAACUCAAAGAAGUCGAGCACAUACGUUCAGAACGGCACCAAGUUCUCCAUCCGCUACGGCAGAGGCAGCUUGACCGGCUUCAUCAGCGGGGACACGGUCUCUGUUGCAGGUCUGCCCGUUCCUGGCCAGCAGUUUGCUGAAGCAGUGACGCAGCCCGGAAUCACAUUCGCAGUGGCGCGGUUCGAUGGGGUCCUGGGCAUGGCCUACCCCUCUAUCUCGGUAGCUAAUGUCGUCCCGGUGUUUGACACGGCCAUGGCAGCCAAACUGCUGCCCCAGAACAUUUUCUCUUUCUACAUAAGCAGAGACCCCAAAGCAGCAGUGGGAGGAGAGCUGAUACUGGGUGGGACAGACCCCCAGUACUACACCGGAGACUUGCACUAUGUCAAUGUCACACGAAAGGCCUACUGGCAGAUCAAGGUCGACGGAGUUGAAGUCGGCAACCAGCUGACUCUUUGCAAAGCCGGUUGCCAGGCUAUUGUCGACACGGGAACAUCCCUAAUUGUCGGCCCUGCAGAGGAAAUCAGAGCGCUGCACAAAGCCAUCGGAGCUCUGCCCCUGCUGAUGGGAGAGUACUUGAUCGACUGUAAGAAGAUCCCAUCUCUGCCUGUCAUCUCCUUCAACGUUGGAGGGAAGACGUUUAACCUGACUGGAGAGGAUUAUGUCAUGAAGGAGUCUCAGAUGGGUACGUCCAUCUGUCUGUCGGGCUUCAUGGCCAUGGAUAUCCCACCACCCGCAGGGCCCCUGUGGAUCCUGGGAGAUGUAUUCAUUGGGAAGUACUACACUGUGUUCGACAGGAACGCCGAUCGUGUGGGGUUCGCCCCUGCCAAGUAGUCCGCUGAACACUCUUUGUGUGAAACAUGUUGCACUUUUUCAUUCGUUAAGCUAAAUUUUCAUCAUCAGCGUUGCGCUGUUUGAUUUGCAGAAGUCCAAAGCAUUCAUUGGUUCUUAUGCAUCAAUGCAAGGCCUGUCACUUAAAUCACAUCUGCUUAGAAUGAGGUUUUUACACGAGUAGCUGGUUUCCAAUAAGCAAAUCUGGAUGCUACAUUAACAGCCACUUCCACAAAUCUAACAGUGGAUGUUUUCUGCCACAGAACAAAGGGACUGCUUUACUGUUUCCUUGCUAUUAUCUGUGAAGCUGCUUUUUCUUUUUUUCUCAUCUUUGUGGCAGGAUUGAGGGAGAACUAUGCAUUUCAAUACGUUUGUGCUUUAUUUUUUGUACUUUGAGGUAACAAAUGCACCUCAAAUAUUUUCCAGUUUCUAGUGAUCUAGUUGGAGCUGCUUUUGUACACUGAAGGUAUCUCAGGAUGUUUCUUUUAACACGCCUAUGUGCAUUUUAUUACCAAAUGUCACUGCUGUCUGAAUAAAACUUUAAUAAUUAAAUGUCUUGUCAAAUUUUGGAUGGAUGUGUUUAUACUAUAAGCUACCAUAGUGUAAAAUCAAGUUUAACAAAAAAAAAAAACACAAAGAACCUACAAAAUGUAAUUUGUAACAUUUAAUGACGUAUACAAAGUGCUGCACCGUUCAACUCCAGAGCUGAACUUAAAAAUAAAAAUAGAAAAGCUGGGGGAAAUUACACAGCAUGCAACACAGCAUAUGGCCAAUAUGCUCUCCACAAUGUAGAGGUAGAGAUCUACUUUGGGUUUAGUUUUUUUUCUUUACAAUAACAUAACAAAUGUGGCACAGUGACUCCCAUUCCCUCCCCUCAGUCAUUCGUAGCAUAAACUAGGUCUGCAAAGGAAGACACAUAAUAUGCACGCAAAGACGAUCUACUGUGGAUUCAUUUUAUAAGAUUACAUCCAGAACAAAGCACUUAAUGAAGCACAAUAAGUGGUACUAUACAUGUUGAAUUGAAUCAAUGCAAAUAAAUAUCCGGCUCUUUUUGGUUACAAAUGUACAAUAAAUAUAAAAAUAUUCACCUGUUUCUUCAUUAUCUGGAUGAUUAUUAAUAACUGAAUGCACAACAGAACUAUAAACAUAUUGUACACUAUACAAACAGUGGGUUGGGGGAUGUAGGGGACACUUGCUCCAUAUCACUGCAUUUAUUACUUAUUCUAAGGCUAAAAGUGAGAACAAAAAAAAGCAACCGUGUGAUUAUUUUGGACAACAUGUUUUGGGUUGUCAUUUAGAGAGACACAAACUCCACUUGACAGUCUGGCAGCUAUUGUUUUAGUGGCUCCACCUACACUGACACUGAGUAGCAGCUGAUCUAACGUCAGAAACAUUAGCUAUCCAAGCUGCUUUUAUUGAGCUGAGUUGAUCCCUCUCAAUCAGAUCAUGAUCUAAAAGAGAUUAGCACCUGUAAUCUAUAAAUAUACACGUAGAUCAGACAGGCAGAAGCAGCCUGCUAGUAGUGAUCAUGACUACAGAUCACACGCUUCAUGAACAGGGCCAGAACCGACCAAUAACACAGCACUAAUCUCUGUCUGGCUACCUACUGUAGACAGACUGGUCCAGACUAGCAGCGUUAAGUUAAUCAGGGUUUAAUGUGAACUUUAGAGUGGACCGAACUACAGAGGUAAGAGGCUCAAUCCUCUGCUGCAAUUAGGCCAGGUACUGAAGUUAAUACUGAGACUAACUCCUCAAACACACAACACCUUCUCCUGCAGGUUUAGUUCCUCGUUUACAGCAGCGUGUUGUUGGUUAUGGACUCAAACAGCAGACAGACAGUAGCUGUCCGGCUCAAAUGGUACUCCCGUGCUACAGAGAUCCUUCCCCAGAUCAAGCAAAUGUAUGCAACCCAAAUUAUAAACAGUCACCAAUGAAGGUAAUGAUCUAGAGGAAACAGGAUCCAAACUGGAGUUUAAAUUAAAGCAAAAACCAGUACACCGAAGCACUUUCAGAAGGUCCAACUCAGACACCUUUGUUGCAAAUCCACAACAGAACACUUAACAUUUUGACCGUGCAACAACCAGCGAGGUUGAGAUGAAAAUGAGUUAACAAAGCCUGUGCACAAAAGCAACAAAUGUUCGACUGGAGAAGAAACCUCCUUUUUGUGACAAACAAAGGGCAGCUCUGUAUUAGACAGUCAUACGGACACGCCAAAAUGAGUGGAUGAUAAAAUGGUGGUGCUGUAUUGUUCACAUUUCAUGAUCACCAACAAAUCGGGAACCUCACAUUUCCAUAAAUGGUAGUAUAUUCAAAUUUUUUAUCAGAUUCAUAGUUGAAUGGUGUGAACUAGAAAUAUUAGUAACAGACAUCAACGUACAACUCAAGCGUAUAUUCACCUGUUGGAUUUCUAGAUUAGGCAGAUAACACAUGCAAGCCGCAGACAUUCCAAUCCAGCCUAAUGUUUGUUUUCACAGAUCCCUAGAAACAUGUAAAGCACACAUCUUGAACGCAGCCACUGUAUUAAUGAAGUUUUCUAAUAAAAACCUUGACUUUAAACUGAACUCCAUCAAAACACGAGCAGGAUUUUGUAUGCGAUAA